GACCUAGGUCAAGGGAAACCACUCUGUUAUAUUAAACUGCUAGCUAGCAGCGCAAUGUGAAUGAACUUCAGAAGUUAGAAAUUUAGUAGUUCAGCUGUGGAGUCGAACUUUCGCAUCUCUGGCGGACUUUGACCAGAUUUUGUGUAACAAAAUUGCAGGUCACACAACAAGUCAUAGAUCUAAUACCUUGCGUGCUUGAAAGAUUAUAGAAGCCGCAAUAGGAAUGCAGGGGUCAGAAAACUAAAUCUAGUGAAUUAUUUAUACGGUAGAACCUUUUGACAUGCAAUUCAUUGGAGCAAUGGAAGCAGCAGGACGACGGUUGCGUCAACUGCAUGGAAUAUUUGGUCGCUCCCUGAGGAUUUAUGAAAGUGAAAGUUCUUCCCCUCUGCAAAUUCGACUGUUGUCUGAAUCGACAGGUUCAGGUGGAAAGAAAGUGAGCAUUGGAGAUGUCAGCAAAUUUGUUGCUGACGCAAAGUAUCCAGAACUGGUUCCUAGGAAAUAUUUAAAAGAUCAACUUCCACAAUCCGUCCUGAGACAUCUGAGAUGGAUAAUGCAAAAGGAUUCCCUUGGACAAGAUGUCUUUCUCAUCGGACCACCAGGGCCAUUACGCCGACAGAUCGCCUUGAUGUACUUGCAACUGACAAAGCGGGAGAUUGAAUAUGUGUCAUUGUCCAGAGACACGACCGAGUCAGACCUCAAACAACGGAGAGAAAUUGAAAGUGGCACUGCAUCGUACAUAGACCAGUGUGCUGUGAGAGCAGCCCUGGAUGGUAGGGUUCUGGUUUUGGAAGGGAUUGAAAAAGCGGAGCGGAAUGUCCUCCCGGUUCUCAAUAAUUUAUUGGAAAACCGGGAGAUGCAGCUGGAUGAUGGCAGGUUCCUUAUGGCAGCUGACAGAUACGAUAAGCUCCUAGCUGAUCACACCCAAGAGGAACUGGAUGCUCUCCGUCUUGUUAGAGUCAGUAAGGACUUCAGGGUCAUUGCCCUUGGACUUCCAGUACCUCGUUACCAAGGCAACCCUCUGGAUCCACCUCUGAGAUCUAGAUUUCAAGCACGGGACAUCCAUCCUACUCCUUUUAAGGAAAUGCUUGGAGAGCUCCAGGAAUUAGCACCAAAUGUUCCUUCAGAGAGAUUGGCCCAUAUGGUAUCCUUUGCCACUGCCAUGCUUCAGAAAGAGUCCUCAUCCCUUGGGCUGCCAGAUUUCCCUGUGGAUAAUUUACGACACAUAGUCAAAAUUUUGAAUAGCAUGCCAAAUGCCUCAGAUGCAGAACUGCUGCAGAGAUUGUACCCCUACUCUGUAAUGCUGGGUAAAGAAGGCAAGACUGCUGUGGAAGAUACUCUAAAGAAAUUUGAGAUUUCCCGUAUUGAGUCUGAAGCGCCAACCACAGUUGCAGGCCUUGACCGAGGGGAAAUUUCAGCCGGUGUCAGUUUGAAGCAUGGAAAGAAAACAUUUUCCUUUGAGGUACCUGCAGGAAGUCUGGACAGUCAAGCUCUCAGUGCAGAGAGUGUUUUUGUGAACACACCUUACCAUGACUCAGUACUCUCGCAGAUGCUCCAGUCUCACAUGUCAAAAGAUUUUUGUAUCAUCGGGCCUAAGGGUUGUGGCAAGAGUGUUGUGGUGAAACAGUUCGCAGACUUGCUAGGCUAUCACGUGGAGCCCAUUAUGCUGUACCAGGACAUGACAUCGAGGGAUUUGCUACAACAAAGAACCACACUAGCCAAUGGGGACACUGUCUGGAGACCUACUCCGCUGGUGACUGCAGCCCUAGAGGGGAACCUUGCUGUGCUGGAUGGAGUCCACAGAGUCAAUGCUGGUUCAUUCUCUGUCUUACACAGACUGGUCAGUGAGAGAGAACUGCAGUUGUUUGAUGGAACUAGACUGCUCAGCCAGGACAAGUAUGAGAACAUCAAAGAAGAAACAGGAAUGACUGAUCAGGAACUUCACGACAAGCAGAUUCUUCCAAUCCAUCCAUCGUUCCGCAUCAUUGCCCUUUCGGAGCCUCCUGUUGCCGGUAGCGCGAAGCAGCAGUGGCUCUCCCCUGAGAUGCUGACAAUGUUCCUGUACCACAACAUGAGGCCUCUGUCUCGCCUGGAGGAAAUGAGUGUCAUUUCAUCGAUGGUUCCAAAUGUUCCAGACUUGAACAAGUUGUUUGACUUUGUUCACAAUCUUAGAGAAUCUACAGAUGGGACUCUACAGUCUCUGGCCUCCAGUUUGUCAACUCGCCAGUUGCUAAGAAUUUCCAGAAGGCUUGCUCAGUUUCACAGUGAAGACGUGUAUAAUGUUAUACACAAGGCCUGUCUAGCAAGAUUUCUGCCUAGACUUGCACAGUCUGCUUUAAAUCAAACUCUGGAAGAAGCUGCCAUCAUUCCCACUUCUGUGGACCACCACUUGGAUGAUUAUCAACACUCGGUUACUUGCUCAGUACAGGAUGGUGUGGUCCGAAUUGGAAACACAAGUGUGCCUGUAUACAACCCUGAGAACAAGACCAAAGUGCCUGACAUUCUUUUCUAUGAAAAUCCCCAGCACUUGUCAGUGAUGGAAGACAUGUUGAAGGAUUUUACCCUCGGUGAGCAUCUGCUCCUUGUUGGCAACCAGGGGGUGGGCAAGAACAAGAUUGUGGACCGAUUCCUGCAGCUGCUCAACAGGCCCAGGGAGUACAUCCAGUUGCAUCGGGACACCACAGUGCAAACUCUCACUCUACAGCCGACUGUUAGGGAGGGAAUCAUCAUCUAUGAGGAUUCUCCACUGGUUGUGGCAGUGAAACUGGGACAUGUACUUGUGGUUGACGAAGCGGACAAGGCCCCCACUAAUGUCACUUGUAUUCUGAAAACCCUUGUAGAGUCUGGAGAGAUGCACCUAGCAGAUGGAAGAAGAAUUGUGUCAGCUCACUCAGGUAUUCCAUCCAGCGACAAUGUGAUAAGAGCUCACCCUGACUUCAGAAUGGUGGUGCUAGCCAACAGGCCUGGCUUCCCCUUCCUGGGAAAUGAUUUCUUUGGUGCUAUGGGUGAUAUCUUUAGCUGUCAUGCCAUUGACAACCCUGACAUGGAGUCGGAGCUGGCAAUGCUUCGGCAGUAUGGACCAGGUGUUCCUGAUGCCACCCUCAAGCGACUUGUCUCUGCGUUUGCUGACCUCAGAGAAAUGGCUGACCAGGGACUCAUCAAUUACCCUUACUCCACCAGGGAGGUUGUGAACAUGGUGCGCCACUUGCAGCAAUUUCCUAAUGAAGGCCUGACCACGGUUGUGAAGAAUGUGUUUGACUUCGACUCCUACAACUCUGAACUGCAGCAGACCAUUGUUGAGACAAUGCAUAAACAUGGUAUCCCAGUGGGGACAGCUGAGGCCUCUAUAUCACUGGCUAAAGAGUUGCCAAUGCCCAAGUUGCAGCACAUUGGUUCAUGGAACAUUCAGAGUCAAGGGAUGAGGACAAAGACAGCUUUGAUGAGUCUCCCUGUCACUACACAUCCGAUUCAAAUCAAGGGGCCGGUUGAGAUGUUUGUUGAGAGCAAACCCUUGGACCGUACAGAGUCAAGGUCCUCAGUGUUCUCAGAGGAAGAGGCCAAUUCUUUGAUUCCUAUGGAAGAAGCAAAUAUUGUGUGUGAUAUUGCAGUGAGCAAAGCUGCCUCCAGAAGUCCUGGUCAGAGCAAGCAUGAUGUGAUCCAUGUGGCUACCUGUCAUCCGAUUUGCCUGUACACUAUGACGCCCACGUCCCACACCGUCAAUCUCAUUGAUCUUUAUGACGUAUUUCCGUCCACUAUGGGCUCCUACAGACCUCAGGUCAAGAUUCAGGCCCUAGCAGCUCCCCUUGAUGACACUGUCCUUCUUCAUGAACAAGUGACUAAUGUCUUGAUUGCCGUCAAUGUGGAAAAUGGGAAAAUUACGCGUUUGAUGAGUAAUGGUUUGCCUGAAGUCCCAGCUGCCAAACGUCGUUUUGCUACUUCAGUACCUCAGAACCAGAAUCCAUUCAGAAUAUGCACCAGUGAGACGAGUGACCCCAGGGGAACAACUUUGUUCUAUAAACUGAAUGGCCAGCAGAUGGAAGUGGUGAAUGUGUUGGAAGGUCUCUCCCACUCGCUAUCCCUGCCUUUCAAUGUUGGAGCCUGUCAUGCCAUUGACACUACUCAGUGGUGUGUCACAGAGGCAGAUACUCACAGGAAGUAUGUGCUAGAGCGGAAAAAAGAGGAACAGUUUGUCUUGCGACCAAUCAUUGAAGAAGAAGGAUAUGGUUCUACCCAAAUCUUGCACAUGGGAACCAAACAACUGAGUGAUGAGCGGCUGAGCGAGGUGAUGGAGGAAAAGAUCAGUGCCCCAAAUCGUGUGUCUAUUUUGAAUGACACUUAUGCCUCUGUGCUUAUGGGAUUUCCGGAUUUGGGCUCUGUGGACGUCCACGUAGCCCCACGAGGUCCCUUGCCUGAGACCUCCUUGAAGAGCAAACCAGACCCACUGUUUGGCCUCCGGUCCAAGCCGCCCUCACUGAACAAAGAGAGGACUAUGGGAUACCUGCCUGAGUCUGGACAAGUGGUGAGAGCUUUGCCCACCUGGCAAGUUCCCCAAGAAGCGAAAGCGGAGGGUGUUGCUGAUUCCAACCUGAGUGGGUACUUGGAGGUUUCAGACCUAGCUCAUCACAAACUGCGUUAUAUUCCCAUACCUGGACCCAAGCAGAUCUCCCCAUAUGCCUCCUGGUUGUUCAACACUGCAGACUGCAAUGUGUUUAUAGCUCCGGGAUCCAACGACAGCUUGAUCUCAGUUGACAUUGGAGGUUGUGUCAGGCAGUGGGAGACGUCCGUGGAUAAUUUGGGCCAGUCUCUGAAAGAGUGGAGGAACAUGUUAGGCUUUGAGGAUGGUCGUCCUCUUCAGUUAAACGAGGAGCGUGAGAGUGGAAGAAAUCAUGAGGAUAUUGACUUAAAGCAUGGAAAGGAAGAUCCCCUCAACCAGCCCCAUGUUGGUGGUGGCACCUGGGCUGGGGGUGUCGGUGGCAGUGGCACUGCUGGUCUUGGAGGCUUUGGGGGUCCGUAUCGCCUGGACUCUGGGAACCAAGUGUUUCAGGUGCCACAGUGGGAGAAGGAUGCAGUGCCUGAACAUAUAAAACAGGCUGCAAGAGAUAUGGCUCAGAAAGCUUAUAAGCAGAGACUGAAGGAAAUUCAAAUGAGUGAGUAUGAUGGUGACCUGUAUGAGCAGUACUCGAAGGGUGUGAGGAGACAGGUGCAGAGCUUGAGAGUCGUCCUGGAUUCCUUACAAGCUAAAGGCAAAGAGCGCCAGUGGCUAAAACAUCAGUCCUACGGUGAGCUUGACGAUGCCAAGUUGAUAGAAGGACUGACUGGAGAGAAUAGCAUCUACAAGAGGAGAGGGGAAAAAGAGCCAGAGAUGGGCUCUCCUCAAGAGCACCCAAAGAAACUGCGUCUCUUGGUGGAUGUGUCUGGGAGCAUGUACAGAUUUGAUGGUCAUGACUCUCGCCUCACACGACAGUUAGAGGCCGUCCUCAUGCUCAUGGAGGCUUUUGAGACUUAUGAGGAAAAGUUUAAGUAUGACGUCUAUGGUCAUUCUGGUGAGACGUACAUGGAGGAGUUUGUGAAGAUGGACAAGCCACCCAAGAACAACCGCGAGAGGCUUGAUGUCCUGAAGACCAUGCUGGCCCACUCACAGUUCUGCAUCAGCGGAGACCACACCCUAGAAGCGGCCAAACACCACAUAAAAGCUGUGGGCAAAGAGGAGGCUGAUGAGCACUUUGUCAUCUUGCUGAGCGAUGCCAACUUUGACCGAUACGGCAUUCGACCGACUCGUUUUGGAGAGAUCCUGACCUCAAACGAAGAUGUGAAUGCAUAUGCCAUAUUUGUGGGGUCGCUUGGAGAUCAGGCUGUGAGACUGAACAAACAGCUGCCCAUGGGUCACAGUUAUGUCUGCUUGGACACCAAGAACCUGCCACAGAUCAUGCAGCAGAUUUUCACAUCCACCAUGCUCUCAUCUUGAUGACUUGUGUCUUUAUAUCUCCAGCUCAGGGAGUUUUGUUUCUUUUAUUUUUGGGGGGGUUUUUGUUUAGUUUUCCCUGAAGGAACAUAAGAACUGCUGUUUAAAGUUACUUUCACAAGCCCUUGCACAAUGUGCACUCUCAUUUUGCAUGUAUUCAGAGCAAAAAGACAGACAAUUGCACUGCUAUCUAUGAAAAAUGGCUUCAUAGAAAAGCUUGUCACAACCCUACACCCCCCUCCCCUCCUCUAUUUCUUUGAGAGUGGAUUAAUAUGUGCAGUCGGUUGGUUUUUACGUUGAUAAAAUGUGACAAAUUGUGUCAUUUUUUUCAUUGAAAUACUGAUACCUUGCUUUUCGGGACACUUCACCCAGGUGCGAAUGCCAUAGACAGCAGAAGAUCUUGUCAGUUUGUGGUAUGUGAGUGUUUUAGCUC